UUACUCAGCCUGGCAUUGGCCGUUUGUUAUCACUGCCACGACUGUCAGCCUGGGACGCCGAGAGAAAUCACUUUGCUUGUAAGUGGAGUUUGCGGCUUGGAGCAGGAAUCUCAGGACAUGCUGGUGACCCAGACGGAGACCCGCUGGAUGCGUAGGGCGGAGGAUCUGGGGGAGGAGGUCACCCGGCGUUGCCGUCCCGUUUUGCCCUCGGUGGCCCGCAUCUGCCUGGUUGCCACCUUCUUCGAGGACGGACUGCGCAUGUGGUUCCAGUGGGUAGAGCAACUGGCUUUCCUCCAAGACCGCCACCAGUGCUCCGCAGCAAUAGCAGUGGCGAUAAUCCUGCUGAAUUUAGUGGGCCAGCUGGUGGGUUCUGCUUUGGUCAUCCUGCAUCUGUUUACUAAUUUUGCGGUCACCCUGCUGACCGGCCUAGUGUUGCUCCAGGUUCACAUAUAUGAAGUACCCCUUCAACUGAAGCUGCUGCUCCGGAAUUUCUCGCUACUUGGGGGCUUACUGCUUCUGCAUGUGGAAAACAAGGAGGAGGUGGCCAGUCGGAUCUACGGAGCCGGAGCUGGACUACCUUUUGUUGUGAGCCGCCGAUCCCAGCACCUGAUGCAGCUCACCGGAAGGAUCCUGCUGGCCCUUAUGUAUCUGACCCUAUUCCAGCAGUACUUCACCAUUGCCGCCAUGGUCCUGAACUGUUUUGGCCUGAUCCUGAUGACGUUCAUCGUUAUGGGCUAUCGAACCCGACUGGCUGCCUUGUGUCUUUCGCUAGUUCUGACCGCUUGGAAUGUGACCACAAACGCCUGGUGGGUCGCCGAUGGAGAUUCAAGGGAUUUGCUCAAGUACAAUUGCUUCCACACCUUAUCGGUGGUUGGAGGUCUACUCAUGGUUGUCGUUCUGGGCCCUGGAGAAGUAUCCCUCGAGCAGUAUAAAAAACAAUGGUAGUUUAGGUCGACCCUUAUUUUUUACAGCAAUCGAAUGAAGAUGUUAGUCAAAAUUUUACCUAAGCGAUUAAAAAAUUAAAAACACUUUUUGCGAUAUCUUGCUUAAAUAUAUCCACAAAAUAUAAUGCAUUUGGUAAUAGUUCAA